AAAAGUACGAAUAAACAAGGUGUCUCUAUAAUAUGAAUAUACAUUUCUUACGAUACAUUUUAACAAAAUGUACAGACAAUAACUUGUGUAUGUGUAUACAUUUUAUAAGGACAUCCUGUAUAUGUAGCAUAGAAAGUAUAUACACAAUAAGCGUCACACGACACGAAUGAUAUUCGUAAACGCAGAUACCAGUAUGUGUUUGUACGCGAUCAGAUAAUCAACGAACAUGAGAGCAUUAUAGCGUAUGUAUGUAAUAAGUAUUUAAAUAUAAAAAAACAUUAAUAAAACAUUUUUAAGUACUAAAAUUAAAAAACGCAGAAAACAAUAUGUUUCUCAUAUUGAAAUUGGUGUUAAUAUUUUUGUUAAAUGAAACGUACGCAUAUAUCGAGCAAGAUAUCGAAAGAAUAUUAUUUCCGUCAUGGAAUUCGACAAUUGCAAAAGAAAUACCACUAACUCUGAAAAUUUUUGGAAAACAAGUUCAAUUAAACCUGUGUAGAAACAACCAGAUUGUAUCCUCCAAGUUUAAAGCAUGGAAACGUGACGCUAAAAGCAUCACGGACGAACUCAUUCCGCAAUUAUACGCAUCUGAUCCUUGCCAUUAUUUUCACAAAGAUCAUAUCAGCACAGCGGCCAUAAACUUUUGUCAAGAACAUGGAUGGCAGGAAGGACACGUUUUUCUGAAAGAUGAAACAUUGGAAAUUAGACCUUUGCGGGAUGACUUUGCAUCUUUGACCUCAAUCGACGAUCAUUGCGUUAAAGAAGAGAUAAAUAUAUCAUUUGGCAAACCUCACUUAAUUAAACGAUCAUUGCAAUUAUUUGCUGAUUCAAGUUUUCGUAAAUUCGAUAAUUUUAAACGAAAGCAACGUCAUGCGCAAGACACGCAAAAAAAAUUAACUGUAAAACUGGCUGUGUUCUUCGACGAAGCCGCACAUCGUACGUUCAUGCCUUUUCUGGACAAAGAUGAAGAAAAGUUGCGCAUGAUGAUAUUAGCGUAUGUGAAUAAUGUUCAAGCUAUGUUCCAUCAUCCUAGUUUGGGUGUUUCCAUCGAUAUUUUGUUGGUACAUAUCGAAAUCUUGGAUAAACAACCAUCAAAUUUGCCAGUCCUUGAUGGUAACAGUGAUAAACUGCGCAAAACGUUUUGCAAAUACGCGAAAACUCGCAAUCCUUCGGACAACAAUGAUCCGCAUCACUGGGACAUUGGUCUUUAUCUAACCAGAGUAAACAUUUAUGGCACGUGCAUUUCUGUCGCAGGAAGAUCCUUUCUCGGUGGUGUGUGCAAAUCAAAUGAAUCGUGUGCGAUAGUCGAAUUCGGUGUUGCAAAUAGUGUGACAUCAGGUUUUACAUCAUCUUUCACUGCUGCUCAUGAGAUCGGCCAUGUUUUAGAAAUGCGACACGAUUCAUUACUGUGUGGUUAUGACAAAGGUAUUAUGAGCCCUCGCAUGGGACGUGUAGGCCAUAUGACAUGGUCCGAGUGUAGUCGUUAUACAGCUGAAGAACUCUGGACUACACCAAAGUGUCUUGGAAAUCAUACGAGAUCGAAAGACGUCUAUGACCAUUCGCGUUAUCACGAUUUACCCGGAAGGGAAUGGACCGCCAAAGCUCAAUGCGAAAUAUUUUUUCGCGACAAAGAUGCAAACGUAGUUUCAUUGCUUGAUAUAUGUAAAUCCUUACAAUGCGAAAUGCCUCACAAAAAUGAGUAUAAUUUUACCGGACCGGCGUUGGAAGGUACUCAUUGCGCAUUAGGGAAGGAAUGUCGCGGAGGAGAAUGCGUGCCCGUUCUCGAACCGCCAUACAUUUUCAAGUAUUGUGAAGAUUAUAUUUGGAGUGAAUGGAAAGAAGGCACCUGUCAAAGUAGUUGCACGCAGGCAUCUAAAGGCGUAAAAGUCAGACGACGUUCUUGCAAACAUGGAAAUAACAUAACGGCGAGUUGUGAAGGGCCAUAUUACGAUGUGGUUCUGUGCGAUGAUUCGUUACUCUGUACUGAGGAACGCAAAAAGAUCGAAUUAAAUGUUGAGAAAAAGUGCAUGAAAUUGAACUUUUUCGCAAUAAUGUAUAAUUUGGACUUGAUGUUUGAAUUCGAUGUAGAGUCAAAAUGGCGGGUUCUUCAUGAUGUCGAAAAACCAUGGAAGGCCUGUACUAUCCACUGCCGAUUAGAAAAUUCAUCUCUUUACGCACCACGCUUGGAAAUAAUCGACUUUAAUAUUGACCCAUACUUUCCAGAUGGAACGUUGUGUCACAAGGAAGAUGGCGAGAAUUAUUAUUGCCGCCAACAUUAUUGUCUGCCGGAAAGAUAUAACUGAUAUGAAAUUAUUGAUAUGUGUGAACGAGAAUCGAGAAGAAAGAAAAUCAUGAAAUGCGUGAACUCAAUUUGAAAUAGUUCUUCAAUUCGUUUGGCAUCGAAUAUUCGAUCGAUCAAUCUGUCGUUAUUAACAUCUGUUUUGCAUUUUAUCCACAUCUUACUUAAUAAAGAUAAUAGGACCAAGAAUUAUAUCGAAUUAUCUGCAACUAAAACUAAUUCCGUUGAUUAGAUAUAGUGCAAACAUAAAAAAUAACAAAAAAGUAAUAGGUAAUAUUUAAUAUGUUUACAAAAUGCGAAAAUAAGUAGCUGAGUAGAGCAAAGAUAUUUCUAUCCGGUAUGUAAUAUUGUGUCAAGAGAAUGAACGAGAACGAUAACGUCUUUCACUAUGUAAUGUACUUUAAUAGUCUACAAAUGUUUCAUUAUAUUAUAUAGAGACUUAGAAAGAUUAAUAUAUGAUGAAAUAAAGAAAAUUUCGUUUCGAAAGUAAUAAAAUAUUCAAAUUUAUUUAGUGCAAAUUAUUACUUAUUCACUAAACUUAUGUGCCCGUUGGCCGAAUGCGGCAGCAACGGGGACGUUGGAGAGAGAGAAACGUGAAAAUUUCAAUAUAUUUGCUACUUUGGUUAAUCAGUACAUCAAUGAUUAGUUUUGUUUUCUUCUUAUAAUAUAAUUUACA